UAGUACAGUCAGCUGACCCGCGGGGGCAAAACAGCGCUAGUCUUCGGGGUGUUUUCGAGUGUUUCCCGUCGUCAAAUGCGACGGACCUACGCUGAUUCUUGGCUACUUACCGAGUAAGCGAGUGUGUGGAGGGACCUUCUGCAUCAGUGCAUGCAAAGGUUGUCGUGAGGGCUUCAGCUUCAGUUCAAGUCUAGUGCGUCGUCAGAUGAGACGUGAGACACUGCUCUUCAAAAUGUCGCCGUUGUUCGCGUCCGUGGUGGUUUUGGCCGCCGUGGCCCUUACUACGAAUGGAGUGUCAGCCAACAACGAGAAAUUGCAUUGCAAUCUCCGCACAGCCAACAUUUCCAAAGAAUGGGUUACAAUGGUGGACCCGUGUGUGAAGGCUAUGAGGGAUCAGAUCAACACUGAACUUACAGCAUCCAUGACCUAUCUCGCCAUGGCUGCCCACUUCUCUACUGAUUCAGUCAACCGUCCUGGAUUUGCUGCUCACUUUUUCAAAUCUGCUGAUGAGGAGAGAGAGCAUGCCAUCAAGUUGAUUGAGUACAUGUUGAUGCGUGGUGAACUUACCAAGGACAUUGGUGAACUUAUCCGCAAUCCUGUCCCUGUGGAGACUGCAUGGACCAGUGGAGUGGCUGCUCUGAAACAUGCCCUCGAGCUUGAAACUUCUGUGACCAACAGCAUUCGUUCCAUUGUUGCUGUUUGUGAGGAUCCUAGCAGCGCUAAGGAGCCCAAGGACAGCAGCAACGAACCCAAGGACCCCAAGGACUCAAAGAAAUCUUCAGACUUCAAUGAUUACCAUCUGGUUGACUACCUCACUGGCGAGUUCCUUGAUGAGCAGUACAAGGGCCAGCGUGAACUUGCUGGAAUGAUCUCUACCCUGGACAAGAUGAUGAGGAGCCAUGGUGCCAUUGGAGAAUUCCUUUAUGACAAGAAGCUCAUGGGUUAAUGGGCUUAUUUCUGUCUCUAAAUUCGUUGAGGACUGAAAUUUUCCACACUGUAUUUUAAUUAUUUUCUACUUUUAAAUUCCAGUUUUCAAAUUCUCAUUUUUUUCUCAGUCAAUAUUCUAGUUAUUUUAAACAUUUGAAGUUGCAAGAGUGCCAUUUUACGUAAUUUACAGAGCCUGUCAAUUUAAAUGCCUCUGAACAAUUUAAAUAAAAUAAUCUGCAAGAAUGAUUUCAGACGUAACAUAAGUCUAAUGGCUGACAUUCUUGCAGGCACAAAUUUUUAAUUUUGAAGUUGAAAUCAGAAGCGUUUUUGCUUAGUGUAGCAAGUAGAACUCUUUGUACCCUGUGAUAUCUGGUGGUAACUGUUUGGAACCAGUAUUCUUGUUAACUGGAAUACACUACAUAUUACUGUUAAUUAUUUGUACAUAUUCAUUUAUGAUCCUCUACUUUUAAGGAGUCAUAUUUCACUAUUAACGUCUAGUUGUGACUUCCUUUUUCCUUUGUUCUGCUGUGUGAAUGAGCUGGUCAGUUAACUUUUCCGUUUAUAUUUUUGUAGUAUAUUCUUAAUAAAUUCAAACUUUUAGUCCACUGUA